UUGAAUGAAAAAUUGUGGAUGAGAAUAAUUUACACCGACACAGGGCCUUGUCUGUAUGUGUUUGUGUGUAUGAGUGUGUUACAGGGAGGAGAAAUUUGUUUGGUAUUUGGUUCGGUUACAGGCAAGGUUGUGAGGAAUUGAAGGUGUAGGAAACCAAUUACGAAGUCACAUUUUGGCCCCGCCUGUCACAUUUUUAUUGUGAUUUGGAGAUCUGAACCGGUUACGAAUCUUUGGAGGCUGUCUGAUUUUGUAUUUGGUUCGGUUUGCCCAAUUGCCUACUAGCGUGUUCACAAUGAUAGCUCUGGGUUUCGAGAGCUCGGCGAAUAAGAUUGGAGUGGGCAUCGUGGAUGCCGAUGGCAACAUCCUUGCCAACCCUCGACACACAUACAUCACGCCUCCUGGACAUGGGUUCCUGCCGCGGCACACUGCGGAGCAUCACCAUGCGCAUGUGUUGGGGCUUGUGCAUGCUGCGUUGAAGGAAGCAAAGUUGACGCCGGCGUCUAUUGAUUGCUUGACGUAUACGAAAGGCCCAGGCAUGGGCGCUCCAUUGCAGGUUUCUGCCAUUGUAGUGAGGAUUUUGUCACAACUUUGGCGAAAACCGAUUGUGGGCGUAAACCAUUGUGUGGGGCACAUUGAAAUGGGUAGAGUAGUCACUGGAGCCCAGGAUCCUGUGGUGCUAUAUGUUAGUGGGGGUAACACUCAGGUUAUCGCCUACAGUGAAGGCCGAUACAGGAUAUUUGGGGAGACAGUCGAUAUAGCAGUCGGAAAUUGUUUAGAUAGAUUUGCCAGAUGUUUGAAAAUUUCGAAUGAUCCCAGUCCUGGGUAUAACAUUGAGCAGCUCGCUAAGAAGGGCCAGAAGCUUGUGGAGUUACCGUAUGUGGUGAAGGGAAUGGACGUUUCCUUUAGUGGACUCCUCAGCUUUGUUGAAGAGCUUGCAGCCCGUACUCUUAAUGACAAUGAAAUCACUCCAGCUGAUCUUUGCUUCUCGUUGCAGGAAACUGUGUUUGCGAUGCUGGUAGAGAUAACUGAGAGGGCGAUGGCUCACUGCGGCACCGCAGACGUCCUGAUAGUGGGAGGUGUUGGCUGCAACGAGCGAUUACAACAGAUGAUGAAAAUUAUGUGUGAAGAGCGUGGAGGUCGUCUUUACGCCACCGAUGAGCGCUAUUGUAUUGAUAAUGGAGCUAUGAUUGCUUACACUGGUCUGUUGGCGUGUGCUCAAGGCGAUUACACUGCGAUGGAGGACACUACAGUCACGCAAAGGUUUCGCACAGACGAAGUCCAUGCUGUGUGGCGAGAUACUGCCAGUACAUAGUGUUUCUAAUUUCUGGAUAGUUGUGAAAGCGGAUAGAGUUUUCACUCUCAUAAACUCAAUGUUACGAAGUAAAAAAAUAUUUGACAGAGUUUUGGAGAUUCAAUCUGCUUGCAUGUAAAAUGGAGAUAGACAGCUAGAGUGGAUCGAUGCUUUGUUGCUUUAGCACAUAGGACAACACUAUGUUUACGGUAACUGCUCCAAAGAAGAGGCUUUUGUGCGCAGCAUGGAGUUUGCUUGACCACACAGCCAAUGACUAUCUUGAUAAGUGGACUUUGUUGGGGAUAAACUGUCCUGAGUCUCUUACUUUGAGUUCAGAUGGACUGGCAUGAAAGCCCUUCUUUUUUGUUCUUUCGCCACGGCCUCAUACGAAGUGUUUGUAGAAACAAAAAGCAACAUUUGGUA